GCCUACUAAACGUAAAUAAUUUAAAAACAAUUAACACCGUUUUGAAGAAUUCCAAUUUGCAUAGAGAUUCAUAACUAAUUAGGAUCCGCACGAGUCGACCCACGUAUACAAUUUGCAAUUGAAAUAUGCAUUGUUUCGAGUUCUGGUUGCUUCCUCCCAGGGAUGGUAGUUCUUUGCGCCAUUUGCGCGCGUUUCGUCCAUCAUAGUUUUUUUUUAUGUUCGUUUGGGGAGGGGUGCUCUGAGUACAAACAGGGGGAUAUUUACUUUAUUAUUAAAUGCAUUCUUGAGAAACUUAUUCCGUUAAAAAGUUAAUUUGUGCAGUCAAGUAAUAAGUUGCAAUGAGUUGUGAUAAUGUGGACAUUCUCUCUGGUUAUUUAGAUGUUAAGAUUUCUGCCAGAACAAGGCGCGGUUUUACACCUUGGAAGGCUUGGCAAAAGCAGUGGUGCGAAAUUAAGAGGGUGGAUUGCAUUGAGAAUGGGGUUGAACUGAAAUUAAAGUCUGCUUUGGAUGGGAAUGUUUUGAGUGUGGUUCGUCUGCCAAGGUCCUCGAAGAUCUGCAGGACAGAAUCGAGGACCAAGCAGUAUUCUUUUGGGGUAUUUACAUUGGGGAGAAAUCAGAAACCAUUGCUCUUUUUAUCUGGGAACAGCGAGAAGGACAGUCAAGCAUGGAUGUCUUCGAUUAGGAAGAUGCUCUCAAUCGCCUCAUACCUGCCAGUUGGAGAAACGAAUUUUCAUGUUUCUCUUGUUGAUAAUAGUCAUUCAAGAACUGCAGGUCUGAUGGGUCUAUAUGGAGUUUUGGGUACGAAUUCUCAAGAAAUGGUUAUCAGUGAUCCAUGCACUGGGGAACCCAAGAUUACCUGGAAAUGGUAUCAAUUCCAUCAGUUCCAUUUACAAGCCAGCAGCAUAGCAUCAGAUGAAAAUCAAAUUUGCGUCAUGCAUACAAGCACUGAAUUCAUUGCUGGUCCUGGACAGUUGUAUUUGUAUUGCAAGCAAGCGCCACAGCUCCUUAACUAUUUGGUGGCUCGCGGGAAAAGGCCUAAACUGAAUGCAGGUCUUAUAAAUACAAGGAGAUUAAGUAGAAGUGAAGGAGAUCUGUGUGAAGCUUACAAUGGAAAAGAUAGUUAUCAGCCAGAUAGUCCAAUUUGUUUCAGGAGUAACAGUGGAAGUGAAGAUUCUGGUGUCAGGGUUUCACUUACUUCUGAAGAUUUUGCUCUGAAAAGCAAAAUGGCAGCUAGUUUGGUUAGUAUUGGUAUGGCUCUGUUAACUAAGACUCCUGGAGGUAGUGAGACUGGAGAUUCAAUGCUUGAUAUAACGUUAAGUGGAGAUGGAGAGAGCCCUUUGAUGAGGAGAGAAUCUGGUAUUUCGAUUGCGUCAGGUAUUUAUGAGGAAAUAUCGGAAACGCCACCCACCACGUCUCGAACUAAAGAAGUCGUGAAUCACGUGUACGAAGAUCCGGUCUUUGUCAGUUUGAGGAUCAAGAGUGUAAUUCCGCCGCCUCCGUUGCCGCCACGGCAAAAUGAAUUAUUAUUAUUAAGUGAAAGUAUGAAUGAGACUCCUUACAUAUCGAUGACUCCAUACAAACAACGUUGCAAUACGCUACCAGCGAAGGAUCUGCAGAGAAUGUCGCAGAUCUUCACCUCGGAUGAGGAAUACAUGGUAAUGUCUCCAACGAAAAAGACGAUGGACGCUAUGGAAACUUACAUACCAAUGACGAAAAUCGCAACAAACUUGGAAAGCUGCUACAUGGUGAUGAAAUGAAGACAUACAUAUCGAAACGAAGACUGUUUAUCCAAGACGUUUUUUAUUUGGCUCAACGAAAAGUACAAGGAAACAAUGCUCGCUCGCACAGAAAAAAAAAAAAAUAUUUUUCACGAAAAUUAUCGUGAAAGAUGAGUGAAAUUAAAUUAAAUAUGCCAAUCAUUUUGAUAGUGUAGCUUUUGUAAAGAAAAAGGAAAUUUAAUUACCGAUUUUUUAUAUGAACUCAUGCCUUCGCUUGCCUUUACUGUUGUUAUACACUCUAUUAUAUAUAUGAAUGGGUGCAAAGUAUACUUUUAAGUGACUUUGACAUUCUUAAUAUUGUUACUGACGCUACUGUCGAAUUUUGUUAAAUUUUUGCGUUCACCAAAAAGAAGGAAAAAAUGAAAAGAAAUACAAUUAGGUGAAUUUAGUCAAAUUAUUGGUGUAAUUAGCUUUCGUUUGAUAACACUUCUUCGAUUAUUUCCUCGUCAAUAUUAUUAUUAAGCUUUACAAUUAAAUUGUUUACCUUGUUAUCUUUUUACGUUAAUUUAUUU